CUUAGCUUUCAUUUCUCUCUCUCUCUCUCUCUCUCUCUCUCUCUCGAAGAGUCAAAAUUAGGGUUUCGUUGCAGUAUCUUCUCUCUCCAGAGUGAUAAAGGUUGUGUGUGGAGCUUUUUUUUUCAGAAUCAGAGAGGCUUGCUUUUGAAAGAUGGAGGUAUUUGGAAAAUCUCCCAUGGUUACAUCUGCCAAUGUUAUUUACUUGUCUGCAAUUCUGGGUCGCGAUUGCGAUGGACCCAUCCAGUGUCACAAAUGUGAUUGGAAAUGUGAGAAUGAAAUUGUUUGUGGGAAUAUGUACCGCUGCAAACUAACUGGGCUGACUCAUGUCUGCGACAAGAACUGUAACCAGCGGAUUCUCUAUGAUAACCAUAGCUCUUUGUGCCGUGCCAGCGGCAGGAUUUUCCCUCUCUCAUCGGUUGAGGAGCAGGCUGUGAAAGGAGUCCGGAGGAAGCUUGAUGCUGAGAGUCAUCCUUCUGAGAGCUGUUCGUUUAAGCGUCGUCGUCGUGAUGCCCAGUUCCAUGCUUCUCCUUUCGAGAGGUCUUUCUCUGCUGUGAGCCCCAUCUGCACCCCAGCUGGAGACGGGAUGGAUUUGAGUUAGAUCCAUGCUGAUCUCCUCAAUAUUCCAGAGACUGAGAGGCUCUUUAUCUUAAGUAGAAUAACUUCCCUUUCCCUUUCUUCUGAACAACUAUGGAUAAGAGACAUUGUGCUUAUUGCUCCAGCAGGGGGAUCUAGGCAUCCUCCCUGCUUUAAAGAGAGCUUUAUCUUAGUAUUGUGAACUUUAUGUAGUACUUAUGUAGGAGAGACUUUAUAAUUCUAAUGCUUUAUUCUGGACCU